AAUUGUUUUUAUUUUCGUUUUUGUUUCGUGUCAACAUAAAUUUAUGUUAUUUUUUUUAAUUUAGUUUAUUAUCUUUUAUGUUUAUUCAUAUUGUACUUUAUUUAACUUAAGUUAUGUUUCAUUCCGUUCUCAUCGUCUAAAUUGAAAAACGAAAACAAUUCGUGCAAUAGAAAGACCUUCUCCCCUAUUCGAUUCAAUUAUGUUAACUCUCCUCAGUGAAUGUCACUUCUGGACAAAUCGGGACGAAAUUCACAUAAAAGACACCGAUUACGGAGCCUUCAAGUACCUCCGUUCGCGUGACAUCGAUCCCGAAAAUGUCCUCCAACUGGCCAAACGCGAAUACGCUGAAAAUCGCGACUGCCAAGUCGUCCUAAAGAACCACAAAACUUCGCGCCUCAAAGACAACAUUAAGAAACUCGAUGAAUUCCUGCAUACCCAGAAAAUCAUCCACUCCGAAUGGCGAACGGGCUCGGUGCUGCUGAUGCUCUUCGCCAACGGAGUCAUUUGUCAUAUCUCGGUGGACAUCUAUGUCGGUGACAUCCUUUGCUUGGCAUUCGACAAGUACCUUAUUGGGAAGCUAGCUGCUGACGUGAUCACCGAUGCAAUUUUCACACCUCAGCACAUUGUUCUGGCGUACAAUACAAAUCAGGUGACGGUGGUUCACCUGCAGAAGCCAAAUAUGCAACCAGCUGUGCCUGAGAAGAUUGUCAAUAUGGACCCAAAGAUAUUUCACGUUCUCAUACCAGGCACGGCGGAGAGAAAGCUUUCCCGCCGACUGGCUGUGAAUCCGAGUUGCGAUUUGAUUGCAAUUUGGACCAAGAGCUCACAGAACGAAGUCUUCCCAUGGCGACCCACAGUCAGGGAUCAGGAUCGAGCCAAUAUUCAUGUGUUCAAGUUGAAAAAUUCCCAAUUGGAAGCGAUUUCUUACGCCUGGUCAGAGAAUGACCCACUGCGAGUGGACUUCCUGCGUUCUACAGGAAAUCAGAUCUUCAUCAUCGAGGAGAAGGUCUCAAGGAAGGGCGAAGUCAGUGCAGAAGUUUGUUCCUAUGAACUAGGCGAGGGAAAGAUGCAACGGGCGAUCAUCACCUCCAUCCCCAUGGGUACCCAAAUCUGCUCCUUCGAAUUCAGCCCCGACCAGGAAAAGCUAUUUCUCGGAACCAUCGAUCGCUACGUGUGCAUUCAUGAUCUUGUCAAACAAACAAGUCGGUUUCUUCCGAAGAUUGAAAUUAUUCCCACAAAGUGUACCUGGCAUGCGGAUUCCAGUCUCAUCAUGGUGGGCAAUGACACCGCUCAGUUCCAGUGCUUCGAUGUAGCCCUGCAGCCCAUCGCCAACCAGCUCAUCAGUGAGGUUGUGACUCCGGUUAAUCUGCUCGAUCUGUCGCACUACUUUGCUAUCCAACCGAUGCUCCUGGACAUGAACUUCAGUCGCAAGCCAGAAGUACACAAUUUCCCGUUCCCAUUUGCCCAGGCAGACUGCUUUCUGCUCCUGGUCUUUGACAACGGUCCUGUGGCUUGUCUGAGAUUUGUUUGUGGAGCUGGAAUGGCUGGCGACAUCCACAACUCUGGUCUUACAGCUGACGUCAUACUGGAUCGAUAUGUGUCGAUGAAUCAUUUGGAAAAGGCUGUCAAUCUCCUGCAAGCCCUCAACUGGGAAACCUACGGAGCCAUGUGUCUGCUGUCGCUGCAUAAAAUUGCGAAUUUCGUCUUCAUCCAGAAAGACCUAAAGCGAAAUCGACUGGAGUGCCUAACCAACGCUCUGAAGACUUUCACCGAUGGUCUGAGCGAGGAGACAAAGGACGAGUUCAGUGACCAAGUAUAUGACAUAAAGAGACGCUUCUUCUUCUUUCUACUUCGGAACAAUCUCUAUGCGGAAUCCUUCGAGGUCGCCAUGGACAUCGAAGACUAUGACCUCUUUAUGGAUCUCUUCCAUGCGACACGCACUAUCCCCGAGCUGAUUGAACUCUCGCAUGAGGCAUAUGCCCAGGCGGAGAUUCUCUUCGAUGAGAGCUGCUCGGGAAGCAGUGACUUGGAUUCAUCCUGCUCAGAGUCUUCAUCGUACUCGGAUAACUACCAAAACAACCAAAAACCAGGACCCACCGUCAGCAGUCAUCGAGUGAUGGGUCAGUGGAAGCACGAAAAAGCUGUGAGCACCCUGAAGAACUACGUUCCCCCACUGCCUUCAUUCAAAUCGAAAAUCUACAACGCGGAGAAUAUAAAGAUAAACAUUCCAAAGCCCGAACUGAGGAUAUCCACGUCGGCGGACUUCAAUUCUCCCAGUCGAACAGCGACUCUUGCACGAACGAAGAAAGUCUCCACAAGUCAACAGCUUGAGUUGAGGCAGGACGAUCAACUACUUACGAGUCGAAACUCUGACUAUGGCUAUCAUGUGGAGCCCAACAGGUGGGCAUCGUCUUUGGCGAAACCCGAGCUUACAAUGGUGAAUCCUGAUGUGCCGUGCACCAGUAAGGCAGCCAAUUUGCUAAGGAACUCUCAGGUCUCUCAGAUCUCCCAGGAGAACAACACAGACUACAGAAACGAAUCACCUCAGGAGUACUUGAUAGAAGAGACCUACAUGCCACGACCAAAUCUCUCGAAUUUCGGGAGAAUUUCCCAAAACAUUGCACCCCCAUUGCCUGAUUUGCGUCAUUUGCAAAUUUCCUCACCUUCCUCCCAUGACAUAAAUACAUCAUCCACACAGUGGAACCAAGUGCCAGAUCAGACGCUGGGCAUCCCCAUGAUACCCAAUGCCCCCACCCAUCCAUAUAUGCCAUCCACAUCCCAUAAUAUUCUUCCUCGUGCCUCAACACAUUUAACUGGAAAUGAUGCUUCUAUUCCUGCUCCUGCUGCUGUUGCGAGUGGUGUUAGUUCCCCACGUAUUCCAGAUCACAAUGUCUUCCAACCGAAGUUCUAUCAACAUCCAUUGGUCUCGGUGACGAUACCUCCAACGACGAUGUUCACUCCUAUCGACGAAUUGCCCGCCCGUUUGCCGAUUCGAAAGCCAACUGCAUCGAUUCUCUCGAAUGGAUCCAGUUUGGUAUCUAAUAACACACUUGGAUCGAAUGUGAAUCCUGUGAAUGGAACAAUGACAACGAAAAAGGACCCAGGAGAAAAAAACAAAGUCAAGUUCUCAGAUACGGUUCAAGUUGCUGUGGUUCCUGAAAUUCCCCGCAAGGAAAAACCCUUGCCACCAAAGCGAAACGGACACACCCGGCCAAGGAAUCUUACAAAUCCCAAAAAAGAAUUAGCCGACAGCUUGCCUCUGUGUCAUCCACAUGAUGAUUAUCUUAAAGACUUUGAUCCAUUACCAGAAGAAUCUUUACCAAGGAUGUCAAAAUCUUCAUCAUCCUCGGGGAAAGAUAGUAAAUCACAAUCAAAUGAAUCAAAGAGUAAUCCGUCCAUAAAAGUUGUCCACUUUGGAGUGGUUUAGACUUAGUUUGUAUGUUUUUUUACAUUCCGUCCUUUUUAGCAGUUAGAGAAAGCUUUAAAUUAAUUUUGUUACUUAAGUUUUUUUUGUAUAUUUCUACGAAAAGUUCAACAAUUUCCGUCCUGUACAGAAAGUAAAUUAUUUAAAUUUAUAUAAUAAAAAUAAUUUUCUUAUCAAACUA